CUAUCACUCUUGCUGUUUGUUUUGGCAAUGCAUUUGGGGAAUGGUACCAAAUUCUCUAAUUUUUCAACGGUCAGAUUUCAUAUCCCCACAGAUUAUGUCGAGGGCAACACCUUUGUCAAAAACAUUCAGAUCAUUGAAAUCCCAUUCAAGAUUCAAACCAAUUGCAAUUAAUUCUUCAAACCCACAAAAAUCAUCGCAAAGCCCAUCUCAGAUAUUGGCAUCAUUGUCGGACAAACCUUCAUCAUCAUCGAAUUCAAGAUCGAGGAGGAGUUGGACUGUAUAUCUGAUUCUCUCUACCAACCCGCCCGUCAAAACCUAUGUCGGAGUCACCUAUAAUUUCUCGAGACGCCUGAAACAACAUAAUGGUGAAUUGAAAGGUGGGGCAAAAGCAUCCCGUGCUGGAAGGCCGUGGAUUUGUGCAUGCCUUGUUCAAGGAUUCAGGAAUAAAAGCAAAGCUUAUGAGUUUGAAUCAAAAUGGAAAAGUGUAUCGAGAAAAUUGCCACGCAAAAGAAAAGUUAGCAAGGUGGAGAAGGAAGCAGCAGACAAUGGCCCGAUGUUAUUAUUGCAACACAGACACGCAGCACUAAAUCGAGUCAAAGAUUUGAUUGAUUGCAGUCACCUGGAAAUCAACUGGCACUUGAACCUUAUGUAAUCGGUAAACUCUCAGUCUUGUACAAAAUGAAACGUGUCAUUCCUUCAUGUAAAUUAUGAGGUUAAAUAAGGGUUUAUUGAUGUAUGAUAGAAGAACAAGUGGUAUCUGAAGACCAAGUAUUUAGAUUAAUUCUCCAGUCAUACUCAUGAACAUGAUUGAUAAGGGGGAUCUAAUUUUAUGUCAGUUGCUAAAGCUCAAAAACUAAUAAAGUAAUUCUGGUGGAGCUCACUUGAGACAGAAUCUGGUUGCUUCUUCAGAACAAUCUUAUAGAAGAUUGGUCAGAUUACAUAUACUUGGGGUUUCGGAUAA